CAGUUUGUCCGUAAUACGUAUCAUUGUCUGUUAACUCCCGAACGAACAUUAACCGAUAUGGUUGCAAAUUUAGGUCGACUUUCAUAUGGUUUUGCAUUGCCGAAUCUGAUAUUUCAAGCUCUGCGAAUCGUUUUACGGGUUGGCUUGUGUGGUGAACUGGUAACAAAUUCCAUGAGUGUUCAGUGGAGGGAAACACAGCUAAACACAUAUUACACGUGAUUGUACCGUUUUAUUAUCCAUAUUGUUCUAAAAGUUAUGACAUGGUCAUAAAAGGCUUUUCGGUAUUUAUGACUGUAUAGUUCUGAAAUGUGGUUCUUGGAAUCUGUGUAUCGAAAAACAAGGGUUCCGUGCAUCAAAUGUUUGAGCAGUACCCUGGUGCCUGCAGGUUUUGCGUCAUAGUGAAGUGUCUUUACGUCUCAAGGUCCUUUGUCACUCUAAGCAAGUGUUGAUUUGUAUAGCUACGUACAUGUUUAUCAUGUGUUUGUAAUUGAAGGAGUAUUCAUUCUGUCAAUUGUAUCGUUUCCGAGACUCAAACAGUAUCUUAAAAAUCUAAAAUAUGGGUAACAGGUCAUCGUUGCUGCUGCGAGAAGAAGAGAUUGCUCAAAUUCAAGAAGAAACGGGAUUUACACCCAAUCAAAUAGAGCGUCUGUACAGCAGAUUCACAAGUUUAGAUCGUGGUGACUGUGGGACUCUGAGCCGCGAAGACUUCUUACGUAUUCCAGAACUUGCCAUAAAUCCUUUGGGUGACCGCAUAGUACAUGCUUUCUUUGAAGAAGGCUGCAGUGAUCGAGUCAACUUUCUGCAGUUUAUGCAAGUCCUGGCCCACUUUCGUCCCAUAAAGAAAGGCAGGGACAACAAACUGAACUCAAGGGAACAGAAGUUAAAAUUUGCAUUCAAGAUGUAUGAUUUGGACAAUGAUGAUAAGAUUUCCAAAGAUGAACUCUUAGCUAUUCUUCACAUGAUGGUUGGGGCAAAUAUCAGUGAGGAGCAGUUGACGAGCAUUGCUGAGCGUACAAUUGUAGAAGCAGAUCAGAAUGGUGAUCAGAUGAUUUCCUUUGAGGAAUUUUGUAAUGCAUUAGAAAGAACUGAUGUCGAACAAAAGAUGUCGAUCAGGUUUCUUAACUGAAAUAUUAAUGAAUUUAGAAGCUUAAUUUGUUGUUAUAGAAAGGUAAUUUCCUUUGUGAAAAGUAUGAAGAUAUGUAAAAAGCCUUUGUAUUCCAUUAUCAAGAUAUUUUAUAUUAGUUUUGAAAGGUAGGUUGCUCUUCAGUAACAUCUCAAAUGCUGUAAUGAGAUUACUGUAUGUGUAUUAUAUUUUGAUUGUGCUGGUAAUCAUAAUUGUACCAUAUUCAGCACUGUAAUAUAUGAAUAAAUGCAGUUAUUUUAAUGUGAA